AUGUGCAUUUGUCUUCUUUUUAAUAUUGUAGGUUUCCAUUUAAUUACGCAGCUGAGAGGCAUGCGUGUGGUGCUAGUGCUACUUCCUACACUGCUGCUUGUUAUGCUCACGGGGGCUCAGAGAGCUUGCCCAAAGAACUGCAGAUGUGAUGGCAAAAUUGUGUACUGUGAGUCUCACGCUUUUGCAGAUAUUCCUGAGAACAUUUCUGGAGGGUCACAAGGCUUAUCGUUAAGGUUCAACAGCAUUCAGAAACUCAAAUCCAAUCAGUUUGCCAGCCUUAACCAGCUUAUAUGGCUUUAUCUUGACCAUAAUUACAUUAGCUCAGUGGAUGAAGAUGCAUUUCAAGGCAUCCGUAGACUGAAAGAAUUAAUUCUAAGCUCCAACAAAAUUACCUAUCUGCACAAUAAAACAUUUCACCCGGUUCCCAAUCUCCGCAGUCUGGACCUCUCCUACAAUAAGCUUCAGACACUGCAAUCUGAACAAUUUAAAGGCCUUCGGAAACUUAUCAUUUUGCACUUGAGAUCUAACUCAUUAAAGACUGUACCAAUCAGAGUUUUUCAAGACUGUCGAAAUCUUGACUUCCUGGAUUUGGGUUAUAAUCGUCUUCGAAGCUUGUCGCGAAAUGCUUUUGCUGGCCUUUUGAAGUUAAAAGAGCUCCACUUGGAGCAUAAUCAGUUUUCCAAGAUCAACUUUGCUCAUUUUCCACGCCUCUUCAACCUCCGUUCAAUUUACUUACAAUGGAACAGAAUUCGCUCCAUUAGCCAAGGCUUGACAUGGACUUGGAGUUCCUUACACAACUUGGAUUUAUCAGGGAAUGAUAUCCAAGGAAUUGAGCCGGGCACAUUUAAAUGUUUGCCCAAUUUGCAAAAAUUGAAUUUGGAUUCCAACAAGCUUACCAACAUCUCACAGGAAACUGUCAAUACAUGGAUAUCAUUAGUAUCCAUCACUUUGUCUGGGAAUAUGUGGGAAUGCAGUCGGAGCAUUUGUCCUCUAUUUUAUUGGCUUAAGAAUUUCAAAGGAAAUAAGGAAAGCACCAUGAUAUGUGCAGGACCUAAGCACAUCCAAGGUGAAAAGGUUAGUGAUGCAGUGGAAACAUAUAAUAUCUGCUCUGAAGUUCAGGUGGUCAACACAGAAAAAUCACACGUGGUACCCCAAACUCCCCAGAAGCCUCUGAUUAUCCCUAAACCUACAACCUUGAAAUCUGAUCCUAGCCGGUCCACCCUUGAAACACCAAGCCCUUCCCCGGGGUUUCAGAUUCCUGGCACAGAGCAAGAGUAUGAGCAUGUUUCAUUCCACAAAAUUAUUGCAGGGAGCGUGGCUCUCUUUCUUUCGGUGGCUAUGAUCCUCUUGGUAAUCUAUGUGUCUUGGAAACGCUACCCAGCCAGCAUGAAACAACUUCAGCAACACUCUCUUAUGAAGAGGCGGCGGAAAAAGACCAGAGAAUCUGAGAGACAAAUGAAUUCCCCUUUACAGGAGUAUUAUGUGGACUACAAGCCUACAAACUCUGAGACCAUGGAUAUAUCGGUUAAUGGAUCUGGGCCCUGCACAUAUACCAUCUCUGGCUCCAGGGAAUGUGAGGUAUGA